CUCUCUCUCUCUCUCUCUCUCUCUCUUCCCCUCUUUGGAGGGAAAACCUUCAUCGACGCCUUCUUACAGUUCCGUUUUCAUCCAAUAAAGCUUAUAGAAAGACUACCGUUUCUUUUGGUCCGAAGACUUCAGAUCUGCUACAUUACUCAUUAUCCAUUCAUUCUUCUGGUGGAACGAUCGGAGCUACGGCUACUGUAGUUCGUCCUUUACAUUUCUGUUUUUUGUUUUUCAGAACAAUUUUCUGUUUCAGGCAGGUGAUUGAGAAUGGAGCAGCGUGCUGGUCUUCAAUUGGACUUUUGAGAGCAAGCAUAACUUAUCAUCUGGGUAGAAAUAUCUCCUUGACUUAACAAUGCAAACUAAGAAGAAAUUACCAACAAGAAAUGCUGCUCGAGAAAAUGUCAGUCCAAGAAUGUCUAGGUCACAGAAGAAAGCAGCCGAGAACAUGCAACUCGUGGAAAGCAAAGUCACGGAGCUUAUUACAUCUUCUGCUAGAAAGCUGAGAUCUGGUGGUCUGCCAAAGAAAAGUAGAGAGCCAGUAGCGGCUAAAAAUUUGAAUCCUAGUCAUAAAUUGACACAUGAUGGAGAUCACAGUAGAUGCUUGGGUUAUGAUACAGCCACUGGUGCUUCGGUUGACCAUAAGGGAUCUCAUGAAGAAACUGGCAAACACAAAUUGGAUACCAUAUUUUCGCCAGCCUUUCAUGUUCCAAAAGAAGUGGGGAUCAUUGUGAAUGGAGUGAGCUUCAUUAAGUUUUUCGGAAGUGAAGACCAGAAAGCCCAUCAGAACUCUGGAACUGUGGAACCAGUUGAUACAUUCAGCGGUUUUGUUUCUCUACAGACUUCUAUUUCAACUGGAAAAGAUGAAGAGGCAAAUUAUAGCCAGAACACUGGAACAAAAGCUGCUACAAUAUGUCCUGUUGAGAUGGAUGUGGAUUCAAGUAUUUCCUCUCAGCACUUAGAUAUGGAGAACAGUAACCAUGAGAUGCCUUCCUCAGAGUCUAAUGGGGUGUACCAGUGUAAUAAGGAUUUAGUUGUGGCCAGUUUAUCAUCUGAGGUUUCAGCGAUAUACCUAGCCAUGCAGCAGUCAAAGUUGGAGUGUGUUAAUGAGCUCAGCCAAGAUUCAAUUUCAACUGACAUCUGUGUGGAGACUGAUGAUGUUGAAGAAAUUGAUGAUUUUGAUCCAUUCUUAUUUAUGAAGAAUUUACCAAACUUGUCUUCGGUGGUUCCCACCUUUCGGCCCAUGCUACUCCCAAAACAAACUCGGAGUUGUCCCCGUACCACCCUUGUUUUAGACUUGGAUGAAACUUUAGUGCACUCCACCCUUGAGCGCUGCGAUGAUGCAAAUUUUACGUUUCUGGUAAAUUUUAACCUUAAGGAGCAUACAGUCUAUGUUCGAUGUCGUCCCCAUCUCAAGGACUUUUUGGAGAGGGUUUCCAGACUUUUUGAGAUCAUCAUCUUCACAGCUAGCCAAAGCAUCUAUGCAGAGCAGCUUUUGAAUGUAUUGGAUCCCAAAAGGAAAAUAUUUCGCCACCGUGUUUAUCGUGAGUCCUGUGUUUUUGUAGAUGGUAAUUACCUCAAAGAUCUGUCUGUUCUGGGCCGAGAUUUGGCACGUGUAAUGAUAAUCGAUAACACUCCUCAGGCUUUUGGAUUUCAAGUGGACAAUGGGAUCCCAAUUGAGAGUUGGUUUGAUGAUCGUUCGGACCAAGAAUUGCUUUCGUUACUUCCAUUCCUUGAGAGCUUAGUUGGAGUUGAAGAUAUUCGGCCAUUGAUAGCAAAGAAGUUCAACCUCCGGGAGAAGAUAGCUGCAGCUGUUUAUCCGUCUUUGAACUCAAAAUAUUGACCCUUUUGCAAGAUGAGCCUAUGCCUGUUCCAUAGUUUGUAUUAGUGUGUAAUACCCGUCCCUUGUGCUCCCCAUGUGUAAUGUACAUCAUCCUUCAUUGUCAUUAUCUGAAUGCAAAGACAAUAUUUCUUUUUGUUCUUUUA